AUGGCAAAAGAAAAAACCAACCGGGUGCAACUUCGGAUGAAGGAGAGGAAGUUGAAGAAGCCCCCCUCCAAGCAGCCCCGGGAACAGGGAUCCCAGUCAAAGCAACCCUGGAAUGAUCAGAAAUGGCGGGAGAAGAUGGAGCCGGACGCCAAGCAGCCACAGCCACAAACCAAGAGGGGUGGCAGGAGGUUGCAGGACGACUCGACCUGCUCCUUACAGCCAGCGGCAACACGGUGUACGCCGAGACAAGGGCGGAGGAGGCCUGCCCCUGUUUCACGGGGGGACGCUGCCGGCAGGCAACGGACCCCCGAGAGGCCGCGGCCACUGACCCCCCCCCCAGCGAGAGAGAGUGCAGUGUGCGCCACAGAGACCCUCACAGGUGGCACCGAGGAUCCCGUCGACCGCCCGGCAAGCGCGGGACCCGCGGCUCGGGACCCGAUCGGACGGAUCCAGGAGGACGUCGGCUGCGCCUUCCCGGGCCUGAACGACGAGCAGCUGAGACAGACCCAGCAGCGAGAUCCGGAUCUGGCGGCCGUGGAGGCGGCACUGCGGGAGGAAAAGAGCGCCCUACCAGGACCCUGGAGCGGUUUGUAUGCCCGGUUGUGUGUGCAGAACGGAGUGGUACGGGAGUUAACCGAGGCCGGCCAGCCAGGGUGCAUCUGUGUUCCUGCCCAGGUGCGACCCCAGCUGCUACGGCUGGUGCAUGACCACCCACUCGGGGGCCACGAUGGGGAACGACGCACUCGAGAGACCCUGCGUCGCCAGUAUCUCUGGCCCAAAUUGGCACAAGACGUGGCGGCCUGGGUACAGGGCUGCCGCGCCUGUCAGCAGUGCGGGCCGAAACCGGCACGAUACCAGGUACCCCUAAGGCCGUUCCGCGUCAGCCGCACGAAUCAGCUGGUCGGGAUCGAUCUACAGGGGCCAUUCCCACGAUCCCAUCGAGGCAACCGGUAUAUUCUAGUCGCAGUAGAGUAUUUCACCCGCUACCCCGUGGCAGUGGCCAUCCCUGAUAAAACGGCCUUGGUGGUGGCCCGGGCAUUCGUAGAACAUUACGUACUCAAGCACGGGAUCCCGGAACGAGUCCUCACCGACCAGGGUAGCGAGUUCGAGGCCGAGCUGUUCCAGGCACUGUGCCGAGAAUUCGGAAUCCAGAAGGACCGAACCACAGCGUAUCACCCCCAAGCGAACGGUAUGGUAGAGCGCAUGAAUCAGACCCUAGCGGGGAAACUCAAACGUAUGGCGGCCGCAAAUCAACGGGAUUGGGACGAACACCUCCCCUACGCCUUUUUCGCCUACGCCACCACCGUACACACGUCGACGGGACAAACCCCGUUUUUAAUGAUGUUCGGCCGUGAGUCUCGUUUACCCGCA